AUGGCCUCCAAAGCUUUCUUGCUAGCGGUGAUCGUCGUUGCAGCAACCGCAGCCCCUGCUUUCGCAGUCGAUUACGUUGUUGGAGACGAUGAUGGUUGGAAACUCAACGUCAAUUACACUGCGUGGGCACAAGACAAAGUGUUCUACGUCGGAGACACAAUUACUUUCAAGUAUGCCGUGGGAGUUCAUAAUGUGUACAAAGUGAACGGAAGCGACUUCAAAUCAUGCACGGUGCCACAGCCGGGGGAGUCUCUAAGAAGCGGAAAUGACAAAAUUACCCUCGCGACCCCCGGGAGAAAGUGGUACCUAUGCGGUGUUGGCAAUGGCACACACUGUGAGAGCGGGAUGAGGCUAGUCAUUACCGUCUUUUCGGGCGCCCCUACUCCUGCUCCUGUUGUUGAACCGUGGCCGAUUUCCAAUGCUCCUUCCUUUCCGCCCAUGUACGCUGCUCCUUCCCGGCCAUAUUACCCUGCCCCUUCCUUUCCGCCGAUGUACGCUGCUCCUUCCCCGUCUCCAGUGUACCGAGCUCCGGCGAAGAAGCCGACGAGCGUUUGGAGCAACUGGAAGCUCAAAUUUCACUUUUAAAUCCAUUUUCAUGACAUCUCUAAAUUUCACAAUAAAAUUU